CAGCAGGAGUCAAAAACUGGACGGGCCGGGUCCACCUUCCAAAUUCCCACGAUUCGGUCCCAUGGUGCCGUCGGCGUCGACUGUCGGGGGGACCUUUUGUCAAUGGAAGACUCAACCAGCAGGAGGCAGGCGGCCCACGGCACGUCCAAUGCCCCCCCCGCCCCCCUGCCUUUCCUGCCGUGCCUGCCUAAAUUCUGCCAAUUUGGUAAUCGGAGAGAAACAUGGCAUGGCCCCGUGGUCUAUCCGUACGGAGUAGGAGCAUGGUGGCCAUGGCCCUGCACUUCAUCCUGGACCUAAAAGCAUUUGCAUUUGUAUUCAACACUUUACUUCAAGCAUACGAGGAUGGGUCAGAAGGAGUCGGGGUUGACAUUGAGACUCAAGAGUCAGUAGUAACUCAGUACGAACUACGGAUACGGAGUAUGCAGUCAUAUUCAUGGAUUUGAGGAAUGCGCGGCAACGCAAGAUCCGAUGAUACACUGGAGACAUUGUGCAUCCAUCCAACAAGAGUUCGUUCCUCUUUGGCCAAAUAUAUACCACUCAAGGUUCUGAUCGAGUCGAUCAUUGGAUAAUCUACAGCCAAGGAACUGUGUCUAUGCACACAUGGUCUUAUGAACCUCGGUUUUCCGUUGGACCUUCCUGAAUCAUUCAAUACUAUUGUC